GGCGGGGCGCAGCCAGUUUCGCCGAGGUUGCGGAGUCGUCUGUAUCCUUCUGUGUGCCUGCCACCGCCGCCUGAGACAGUUGACAAUGCAGAUCUUCGUGAAGACCCUCACUGGCAAGACCAUCACCCUCGAGGUGGAACCCAGUGACACCAUCGAGAAUGUCAAGGCCAAGAUCCAAGACAAGGAGGGCAUCCCUCCUGACCAGCAGAGGCUGAUCUUUGCUGGCAAGCAGCUGGAAGAUGGGCGCACUCUGUCCGACUACAACAUCCAGAAGGAGUCCACCCUGCACCUCGUGCUCCGUCUGAGAGGUGGGAUGCAGAUCUUCGUGAAGACCCUCACUGGCAAGACCAUCACCCUCGAGGUGGAACCCAGUGACACCAUCGAGAAUGUCAAGGCCAAGAUCCAAGACAAGGAGGGCAUCCCUCCUGACCAGCAGAGGCUGAUCUUUGCUGGCAAGCAGCUGGAAGACGGGCGCACUCUGUCCGACUACAACAUCCAGAAGGAGUCCACCCUGCACCUCGUGCUCCGUCUGAGAGGUGGGAUGCAGAUCUUCGUGAAGACCCUCACUGGCAAGACCAUCACCCUCGAGGUGGAACCCAGUGACACCAUCGAGAAUGUCAAGGCCAAGAUCCAAGACAAGGAGGGCAUCCCUCCUGACCAGCAGAGGCUGAUCUUUGCUGGCAAGCAGCUGGAAGAUGGGCGCACUCUGUCCGACUACAACAUCCAGAAGGAGUCCACCCUGCAUCUGGUGCUCCGUCUGAGGGGAGGUAUCUGUGCUUCCUCUAUGUUUUAAGCUUACAAGUUCCAUUGCACUUUCAAUAAAGUUCUUGCAUUCCAAAAUAA